AUGUCUUCAAGUUUUCUUGAACAAGAAUUUCUUAAUCAAACUGAUGAAGAAAAUCAAUUAAAUGAUAAAUUAAAAGGAAUUAAUACAAUUGAAUCUAUUCUUGAUCCUCGUUUUCAUUCAAUUAUUAAUCGUUCAAAAUUAUUCUCAAAAACAAAUCAAAUUCAUCCACAACAAAAUUCAACAUCAUCCAAUAUCAAUUCAAAUUCAAUAUCUAAAAAAACUCUUUCAUCAACAUGCAAGAGUCGUCUACAAGGUUUAUUAAUUGGUUUAGGAAUGACAGUUAUUACUCUAGCUAUACUUCUUGCACUUUUUCUUACAAGAUCGUCAUCAACAAGUACAACAUCAACAAAUUCUACAUGUAAUACAUUAUCAUGGAAUUCAACAGGUAUAACUAUAAUAGGAAAUGGUUCAAGUGGAUCUUUAUUAAAUCAAUUAGAUAGUCCAGCUGAUGUAUUCGUUGGUAAUGACGAUACAAUUUAUAUAGUUGAUACCAAUAAUCAUCGAAUUCUUAGUGUAAAUAUAUCAUCAACAAAUAAUGGAACUUAUUAUGGAACUGUUAUUGCUGGUAUUACUAAUACACCAGGUACUAAUUCACAAACACUAAAGUAUCCAUAUGGUAUAUAUGUUGAUUCUGAUAAAAAUCUUUAUAUUGCUGAUACUUUUAAUUAUCGUGUUCAAUUUUGGCGAUAUGGAUCUUCCAGUGGUUCAACUGUUGCUGGAAAUGCAAAUGGAAUUUUUGGUGCAGCUUUAGAUAAACUUGGUUACACUUAUGCUGUUUACGUUGAUCAAUCAAAAAAUAUAUUUGUUUCAGAUGCAUCAUAUGGUCGAGUUGUUCAAUGGGUUUCAGGAAAUUCAUCUGGAAUUCUUGUAGCAGGUAAUGGUUCAUCGGGUUAUAGUUCCAAUCAAUUAGCUGCUCCAGUGGAUAUUAUUGUUGAUUCGCAAAAUCAAAUACUAUAUAUUGCUGAUUUUUAUGCACAAACUAUUGUAUCAUGGACAAUUGGAAAGACAGCAGGAACAAUUCUUCUUGGUACAAAUUCUACUAUAGGUAAUUCACCAUCAUUAUUUCAGUAUCCAUAUGGACUAAUGCGUGAUACUUAUGGGAAUUUAUAUGUUAGUGACCGUUUUAAUCAUCGAGUACAAAUGUUUUGUCUUAAUGGAACAUCAUUUAGUAGUGGAAAAAUUAUAGCUGGUACUGGUACUUCACAAUUUUCAUCGAUUGGUCUUUCUUUUCCUAAUGGAAUUGCAUUUGAUUCACAAAUGAAUUUGUAUGUAGCUGAUACUUCAAAUCACAGAAUUCAAAAAUUUUCUCGUAUUCAAUAA